ACGUCUUGAAAAAAUGUGAGAGUUGUUGAUUUGUUUUUAUGGACCCCACCAUGCAAGCUUUGAACCGCGUCGAGACCCUCUUCCUUAGUCGCUCCUCUUCCAACCCAGACCAUGGCGCAACAAGAUGACGAAAGAGCAACCACACAACGCCAGGACGCAACGCCACGCCCGCCCAAAAAGCCGAGGGCCAAGAAACCCAAGGCCGAAAACCCCAUCACGGCCGCCGUGACAGAAUGGCUUGCCACAACUUCCCAUAGCAGCAGCAGCAGCCUUGACGAUGACCCAACGCGGCAGCUCCUGCUCGACUCGGCGCCCAAGCGCUGGGUCGUCUACGAGCCCAUGGUCCUCCUGCCCAGCGGCAGCUUCGCGUCGGACGCCUGGCGCGCCGCCCUCGCCGGCUCCGGGGCGGCGGACGCCUCUCGCCUGUGGGCCGCCGUCCUCGCGGCCCUGUCGGCCCGCUCCCCUACUACCCCGCUGACGCACCUGGCCGUCAACGAGGGCAUCCCGCCGCUGAGCGCCGGGGGUCGCGGUGGGGAAAACGUGCUGCGCAGCCCCAGCGGCCUGCGCAUUCUGCACGGGGACUUUGGGCCCGCCGCCGUGGUGGUGGACGACGACGAGGGUGUCGUGUCGGACGACAAUUUCGACCGCGCCUUUUGGGUCUCGACGCGCCAGAACGACAUCUGCCAGACGUGGGCGCCGCGCUGGACCAUGUUCAGCCGCGGCAACGUCAAGGAGAAGGCGCGGCUGCUGGGUCUCGUCACGACCACCAGAAACGGGUGGGCCGCGGACCUGUACGCCGGCAUCGGCUACUUUACCUUCUCGUACGUGCGCCUCGGCCUGCGCGUGCUGGCCUGGGAGCUGAACCCGUGGAGCGUCGAGGGCCUGCGGCGCGGCGCGGCGCGCAACGGCUGGCGCGUACGUGUAGUGCGCGGGGCCGCCGACCUGGCGCGCCACACGGCGGAGCUGGUGGGGGAGGGGGAGGGGGACGAGGGUGGUGUGCGCAUUGUGGUGUUUCAGGAGAGCAACGAGCAGGCCGCCAGGCGCGUCGCGGAGCUGCGCGAGGCGGAGGCGGAGGCGGCGGUCGAGCUCCAUCACAUCAACUGCGGGUUCCUGCCGUCGAGCGCGCCGUCGUGGCGGGCGGCGCUGGACAUGGCGGCCGGGAACGGGAGGGGCGGUGGGGAUUGCUGGCUGCACCUGCACGAGAACGUGGGCGUGGCGCAGAUCGGGGCGCGCGCGGCCGAGGUCCAGGAGCUGCUGGCCGGGUGGGCGGCGGAUCGGGACGGCGAGAUAGCGACGGUCGAGGUGGAGCACACGGAAAUGGUCAAGACGUUUGCGCCCGACGUCUGGCACUGCGUGUUUGACGUGCGCGUAGGGAGGUGAUUUUGGACGGGACAAAAGAGACAACGCUCGAGACAUGACAAAGAUAUAUAUGGCAUUCACACAUUAGAUAACCCCAACCAGGCAACCAACCAGAUCAGUGGUGUCUCCUAAACAUGGCCGGCACGUUCUCAUCCACCACGGCCUUUUGCUCCAUAAACUUCCGCUGCGUCUCCUC